CGGGAUUGGGAGCCAGAGGCGGAGUCGGGGAGGCGGUGGCUCCAGAGAUGGCAGUGAGCGAGAGGAGGGGGCUCGGCCAUGGGAGCCCCGCAGAGUCGGGGCAGCGGCUACUUCUGCUGCUGCUGCUGGGCAGCUGCUCCGGGCGCAUCCACCGGCUGGCGCUGACGGGGGAGAAGCGAGCAAACAUCCAGCUGAACAGCUUCGGUUUCUACACCAAUGGCUCCCUGGAGGUGGACUUGAGCCUCCUACGGCUGGGCCUCCAGGAGGCAGAAGAGAAGUCCCUGCUGGUGGGGUUCAGUCUCAGCCGGGUUCGAUCUGGCAGAGUGCACUCGUACUCAACGCAGGAUUUCCAGGACUGCCCUCUCCAGAGAAACAGUAGCAGCUUCCUGGUCCUGUUCCUCAUCAACACCAAGGAUCUGCAGGUCCACGUGCGGAAAUAUGGAGAGCAGAAGAAGUUAUUCAUCUUUCCCGGGCUCCUCCCCGAUGUGCCCUCUGAACCAGGGCUCCCGAAGCCAGAGCCCACAGUACCCCGCAAGGUGGAUAGUGGGACCUCUACGACCAGCAAGCCCAAGUCAACACCCACAGUGUCUCAGAGUCCUAGCGGGAAGAACAAGGAGCUGGUGUUGGGCCUGAGCCACCUGAACAACUACUACAACUUCAGUUUCCAUGUGGUGAUUGGCUCUCAGGCAGAGGAAGGCCAGUACAGCCUGAACUUCCACAACUGCAACAAUUCGGUGCCAGGAAAGGAGCAUCCAUACGACAUCACGGUGAUGAUCCGGGAGAAGAACCCCGACGGCUUCCUGUCAGCGGCAGAGAUGCCCCUUUUCAAGCUCUACAUGGUCAUGUCUGCCUGCUUUCUGGCUGCUGGCAUCUUCUGGGUGUCCAUCCUUUGCAGGAACACGUACAGCGUCUUCAAGAUCCACUGGCUCAUGGCGGCCUUGGCCUUCACCAAGAGUAUCUCUCUCCUCUUCCACAGCAUCAACUACUACUUCAUCAACAGCCAGGGCCACCCCAUCGAAGGCCUCGCCGUCAUGCACUAUAUCACGCACCUGCUGAAGGGCGCCCUCCUUUUCAUCACCAUUGCCCUGAUUGGUUCAGGCUGGGCCUUCAUCAAGUACGUCCUGUCGGAUAAGGAGAAGAAGGUCUUUGGGAUCGUGAUCCCCCUGCAGGUCCUGGCCAACGUGGCCUAUAUCAUCAUCGAGUCCCGAGAGGAGGGCGCCAGUGACUAUGGGCUGUGGAAGGAGAUUCUGUUCCUGGUGGACCUCAUCUGCUGCGGCGCCAUCCUCUUCCCCGUCGUCUGGUCCAUCCGGCAUCUCCAGGACGCAUCUGGCACAGACGGGAAGGUGGCAGUGAACCUGGCCAAGCUGAAGCUGUUCCGGCAUUACUAUGUCAUGGUCAUCUGCUACGUCUACUUCACGCGAAUCAUCGCCAUCCUGCUGCGGGUGGCUGUGCCCUUCCAGUGGCAGUGGCUGUACCAGCUGUUGGUGGAGGGCUCCACCCUGGCCUUCUUCGUGCUCACGGGCUACAAGUUCCAGCCCGCAGGAGACAACCCGUACCUGCAGCUGCCCCAGGAGGACGAGGAGGACGUCCAGAUGGAGCAAGUAAUGACGGACUCUGGGUUCCAGGAAGGCCUCUCCAAAGUCAACAAAACAGCCAGCGGGCGGGAACUGUUGUGAUCACUCCACAUCUCAGACCAAAGGGUCCUCCUCCCCCAGCGCUUCUCACUCCUGACCCUCUUCCACAGCGUAUGUGGGGAGGUGGAGGGGGUCCAUGUGGACCAGGCGCCCAGCUCCCCGGGAACCCAGUUCCCCAACAAGCCCAGUUGGAAGAAGAGCCCCUUCCUCCCCGAAAGUAUUGGGCAGCCCUGUCCUCACCCCGGGACCACCACUCCCUUCCAGCUAUAUGUACAAUAAUGACCAAUCCGUUUUGCUA